CGCGUUCUCUCUCCCUCUCCUCUCUCACUCAGAACCGAGAGCUUCAGAUCAUGAGGAAACUGGACCACUGCAACAUUGUGCGCCUCCGUUACUUCUUCUACUCCAGUGGAGACAAGAAGGAUGAGGUGUAUCUGAAUCUGGUUCUGGACUACGUCCCUGAAACAGUCUACAGAGUGGCCCGACACUACAGCCGAGCCAAGCAGACACUCCCCAUGAUAUACGUCAAGCUGUACAUGUAUCAGCUGUUCCGCAGUCUGGCCUACAUCCAUUCCUUUGGGAUCUGCCAUCGGGACAUCAAGCCUCAAAAUCUGCUGCUGGACCCUGAGACUGCUGUGCUCAAGCUCUGCGACUUUGGCAGUGCUAAACAGCUGGUUCGUGGGGAGCCCAACGUCUCCUACAUCUGCUCACGGUACUACAGAGCCCCUGAGCUCAUCUUCGGUGCCACAGACUACACCUCCAGCAUAGCAUAA